AUGGCUUCGGGAAGUCUAAUCAAGCUCCUGGUAUUUGAGCUUCUUGAGUUUGCUGCUUUCUCCAUUCCCACGCUUGUGAUUAUGGAACAGUUUGCAACUGCCUAUCAAAUGACAAGAGAUAGAGCAGAAAAAACUCAUUAUUGGCUGAUCGUUUCCUGUUCAAUUGCUUAUGUGGCUUCAGUGAGUUUAUUGAUUUGGGUUCCCAUGAAAGUUCUCUUAUACAAGAAACAUCGCCUUACAAAAAACAUUAAAGGAUGGAGACCUGUUAUGAUGAUGUGCGUAGUGUUCACCACACUCCCCAGCUUCAGCUUUUCUAUAGCAGUGACUGAGGUUCAAAAGAAUAUUAAUGAUUCUGCUGCUGUCUUACCUGACACCUUGCCUGACCUGCCAGUCUCUCUGGUUCUGACUUCCUUAAUCAUGGUUGACAUUAUUGAAAAACUCAGGACAUUUUCUCUUAGAGGGAGGCAAAAGAGUGAUGACGAGAAACACAUCCCUGCUUCUACUUUGCAGCAAAUAAAAACUGUGACGGAUCAAGGGAGGCAAAAUGAAGGAAACCCUGCGCAUCCCCAGCCGGCGAAAAGAACGGCGGUAUCACUGCCCCCAGCUGCCACAACUCAGAGACCUGCCCUGAAGGAGGCUGGACAUCAGGAGCCUUCCUUCCAAUCUGGAAUCCUGAGAACUAUGUCUCGACGGGACGUUCGUGCGGAGAUUUUCCUGUGGAGCUUUCUGCUGUGGUCAGACACCAUAGAGAUGGUGCGUGUGGCUGGUCACCAAGCUGUGUACAAGUCAGCCUGGCUAUACCCAGUCUAUAUAUUUAGUUUUAUUUCUCUUCUGCGAAUUAUACUCACUCCCCAGAACCCUCUUCUGAAUUCCCUGGGCAUUCUACUCCAGGAUUUACCCUUUAUUUUUGUCAGACUUAGUUUAAUCAUUGCCUUGGGUACUAUCACCCCCGUAUUGGGCCUUUGCAAAAAUGUACUGGUGACACUCUCUUAUGUUUACUUCAAUUACUUAACCAAAUUCAGGGUGUUCUCUACCUUUGAAUUGUCUCCAUUUUAA